GCCAAGGGCGUAAAAGGUCAUGGUUCACGUCAGCCUCGUUUUCAUCCAUUUCAUGAUGGUGGCAGGUCGUCGGAACUUCAGUGUUUUGGUUUUAGAUGUGUAGAAUUUCCCCCCUGUUCACGAUAUAGACGAGCCAUUGCCAACAUUUUGUUAUCUCCAUACAAUAAAUUCCAUCAUGAACGCUGAUGUGGAAUUCCAUAUACGCCAUAACUACACCUGGGCCAAGUUACCGGCCAGUGUCAAACAGGCCAUGGGGAACUCCCAGAAGGAGUAUGAGAAGGCUGUGGUGACCUUCAGCAUCAGGAACCAGCUCAGAUACAAGGGCAACCUGGUACGCCAUGUGCGUAAAGAUGAGAAGCGUUACUACGAGGACCUGCUGCAGUACAGCCGUGAGCACCUGCUGCUGUACCCGUACCACCUGUCUGACAUCAUGGUGAAGGGUCUGCGCAUCACCCCCUUCUCCUACUACCUCAGGAUCAUGGAGGACACCAUGGCCAACGAGAAGAGCUACGACUCACUCCCCAACUUCACUGCCGCUGACUGUCUGCGGCUGAUGGGCAUUGGCAGGAACCAGUACAUUGACCUGAUGAACCAGUGCCGCUCAUCAAAGAAAUUUUUCCGGAGAAAGCCGAUCAGGGACCUGCUACCGACCACCCCAGUGGACAUCAGUCUGGAGCCGUGGUGGAUCUCCCAGGCUGGGUACAUCACAGAGGACGACAUCAAGAUGUGUAAAGUUUCUGAGAAGAACUUGGUGGACACAAUCAUAGACAGUGGGCCACAGGAGAUCGGAAUGCUGGACUACAAAUAUGUACAAAGUUUGUACCACAAGGGACUUGUGUAUCUGGAGGUACCUAUAAAUGAUGAUGACUGCAUCAUUGUUCCCCCUCUGGAAGGUUUUGUGAUGAACCGAGUGCAGGGUGACUAUCUAGAGACUCUGUUGUACAAGAUCUUUGUGUCCAUCGAUGAGCACACAACAGUCACUGAGCUGGCCAAUGUCCUGCAGAUUGAUCUGCAGCUAGUCAAGAAUGCAGUGUCUAUGUUCUGCCGACUGGGUUUUGCCAAGAAGAAGGGAUCUGACCCAGAUGGUGACAGCCUCCAUCCUUCCUGGAGAAACAGGCCCAUCUCUACACAGAAGAAGCUGUCCCAGGAGGAACAGCUGCUGAUUGACUGGGGUUCUACUGUCCAGCCUGCCAGCCUGGAGCUGUCAGCUGAUGAGGUGGACACAGCCAGUCUGGAAGAGCACAGCUCAGCUGACACAGCUAGCAUUGGUAGUGCCACGACCUCAGGCUACACGAAGAGGAUUGGGUUCCUGUUUGACUCCACACUCACAGCCUUCCUCAUGAUGGGCAAUCUGUCUCCUGGUCUAAAGAGCCAUGCAGUCACCAUGUUUGAGGUGGGGAAACUGUGUGACGAGUCACUGGAUAGUUUCCUGGCAGAGUUGGAGAAGAUAGAGACAGUAGGAGAGGGAGAGGCCCAGCGCUACUUUGAGCAUGCUAACACCUUAAGGAAGACCCUCGUGUUCUUAAGACACAACAAGGACCUUUCCCCCGACCCUGACUUCCAGAACAUGGGUCUGGGGGUGGAUCUGGUUCGCUGUGAGAGCCUUCUAGGACUGGACCCGGGCACGUGCAGUAGGGUGCUCAACAAAAACUACACGUUGCUGAUCUCCAUGGCACCACUGAGCAACGAGAUCCGGCCCGUCAGCAGUUGCACCCCACAGCACAUCGGCCCUGCCAUUCCUGAGGUGAACUCCAUCUGGUUUAAGUUGUUCCUGUACCAUGUGACUGGAUGUGGACCCCCAACACUGCUUCUGGUGCGAGGUACGCGGUUACGCCGGCUGCCCUCCGUGUUCCAGGAGUACGACCGGCUCCUCAUCACCACCUGGGGUCACGACCCGGGUGUGGUGGCCACGUCCAACGUCCUCCUGACACUGAACGAUGCGCUCACACACUCCGCUGUGCUCAUACAGGCCCAUGGACUGUACACAGAUGGUGAGACAGAGUAUGUUCCCUUCCCUCUGGAGGACACAGAUGACAAAGUGUUAUUCUCCAGGAACAUGAUGCAGGCUCACUAUGCUGUGCAGAAGCUGGCCUCCCAGCUGGACCUCAGCCACACCUGUGGUUAUGUCACCAUGCUGAAGACUGGCAAGACUCAUCGACCCUCCUCCCAGGUCAUCACCAUGCCAACACAACAAGGGCAGAACGGCACGGACGGACAGAAGGAGGGAUCCUCGAACGGAGAGAACAGUGGAGACUCGUUUGUGAUGGUGAAUCGGGACACACUCUCGCUCGACGUCUCCUCACCACUGAGGAACAAUGGAAGAAAAGAAGGGCAGGUGGAGGAGACAGAGGCUGAGUGGGUGAUGCUGGACAUGUUCUAUGGGAUCCCACUGUUUAACGGGGAACUGAACACGCGGGUGUGUGAGAGGAUGGCUGCUCAGGGGCUGUGUAGGCUGGAGAGCCUUGGGGAGCUGCUCCACUCCAGUCGAAAACUGGUACUGCAGCUGCUGGACUUCAUAUCAGAAAACCAGGAUCUGCCCAUUGUACCAGAGCAGGGGGGAGAAGGCCCCGCCCCUGUUGGAGGGACCACGAGCCAGGACCAUGGUGUGCCCCUCCCCACCAGAAAUCUACUCUUCCAUGAGGGGAAACUAACAAUGUGGGACGGCAAGUAGGACUGGGAGGCCAGCACUGCUGCUUUCAUGCUCAUCUCUUCUAUUUUAUUGUAUCAUCUCCUGUCAUUGCUUUUUUGGAUUGUCCAACAGAACUGGGCAUCUACAUGUAUGUGUGUGUGUGUAGGAUCCCUUGGCAUGCAGACUUUUCUCUGAGAAGAUGUGAAGGUCCAAAUGAUCUUUUAGCUUCUACUGUGUCGGAGGUUGAAAUAUGAUUAUGACAGUGUUGUAUUUGUUGCCAUUCCAGAAAAUAUAUAUUUACCAACAUUAGAGAAAUGUUGUAUUUGAAAACAUACAAAAUUUAUUUAGUCAACAGCCCAGUACAGCCUUUAAGGAGUACAAACUGGAAAAAUUGUGUGAAACAAAUUUUAUUCAAAGGAUACAAAAAAAUAUAAUGAAACUAUCAGUGAUACAGAAAAUGGCAUUACCGGUAGAUAAGAAAUCUUAACUCUUCUAAAGAUACCCUUCUAAAUAACCUUCACACAAUUUGUCACUUUCAUGACCACGGUAGUCAUAUGAAUUCUGUUUAUCAACUUAUUGUACAGAUAGUAAUUUGUUUAAAAUCUGUAUUUCACACUCUCCUUGAGUAUGGUAGAACACAAUAUCUAGCCUGUGAAACUUGUAUUUCAAGGACACCAACCUCAAAAAGAGUCUUGAAAUUAACCAAUAUUGUGCAAUCCUCCAUUCCAAAGAUGUUGGCAUCUUUAGAGAACAAUAUAUGGAAACAAGUACUUGCUGUAAGUUUACCCGUGUCAUUAUUAUCACUCAGCUAUAUGCAAAAUGACCUGAAACCCAAAACCCCUUCUCUUAAUACACAAGAACAUGUCAAUAUACUCCAGUUACCAAGCACUCUCUGGUUAUGCUUAGUGACAGAACAAACUCUUGUGUUGACCAAAACAAUAUCCUAUUAAAAUGUUUCUCUAUCAUGAUGUUUACAAAACUAUAUACAUAUUAAAGGUUUAAUACCUUUCUUCCUUUUACUUAGCAAAGAAAGCCUAUUUGUAAUAUAUUAAGUUAAAGAACAAAAUAUGUCCUGUGUUGGAAACAAAUGCUACUUAGUGCUAAGAUAAAUAUUCAAAUAGAUGUGCAAUGAUUCACCCUAUAUACAUACUGUAUCAUAGCUAUUACAGCCAGAACCUGUCAGGUGCAUUAGCCUGUUGGUCUGAGAUUUGUUGAUCAUGACCAGGACGAUAUAUUUACAUUGUUAUGGUGUUAAACCAUUUGGCAACAGUACAUAUUUCUUGGAAACAUACCUAGCUUCAACUUUAAGGCUUGAUAGUCAAAAGUCUAAUAAAGAGUUGGCAAACAAACCCAAA